GAGCUACAUUCAUUUCUUUGAGGCUGACCUUUGAAUUUCUUUUUAACCAUUUUUAGAUUAAAAAUUUCUGCUUUUGAUUUCUACCCAGAUCUCGCUAUUCGCUCUUCCUCAUCAUCUUCCAUCUCUGAUUGUUUUACCAGUUUCGUCAGCUCUGAUUUUGUCGAAAAGAAUUGAAUUUUGCUUUGGUAUCUGCUUAACUGGAAAUUUACCAGCUCCCUGCAACGAAUUUCUUGGGGUUUUUGCUCUCUGGGUGUUGUUUGUCUUCUCGAUCUUCAUGAUUUUUCUCUGCUGUCUUCAAGAUCUCUGCUUUUCUUCACUUUCUUUAAUGCCUUUUUUCUGUGACUUUUGUUUUUAUCCAUAUCCGUUGAUUCAUGCUACUUUAUCUCUUAGCACUGAAAUGAAGACUUUCGAUGAUGGAUUAUGCUGCUCUGUGUUCCUUUAUAUUUGAUUUUGUUACAGAUUUUUGUUUUUGGUUAGGGUAUGGGAAUUUAUACAUAUGUUGAAUAGGUUUUAGCUCCAACUUCUUCAUGUUCAUUGGCUGAUUGGUGCUGUAUUUAGACUUAGCUUGUUUCUUUGCUUCUAGAACUCACAAACUUGGCUUGUUCUUCUGCAUGUUUCUAUAUUUAGCAACUUAUUCAAUCCAGCCGCAUCUUGCUCUCUUAAGAAUGGGAAAGACUCCUGGUAAAUGGAUCAAGACUUUACUUCUCGGGAAGAAGUCACCAAAGUUGAAUUUGGCAAACGGAAGCGAGAAACUGAGAUCUGUUAAGAAAGAGGACCUGGCGGUAUCGGUGAUGGAUGAUUUUUCAAACUUAUCGGUUGAUCACAAUCCAGUGGUUACAUCACAGCCAGAUUCAGCUACUACUACUGAUUUAAGUUUGGUUUCCCCAAACAAUGGCGAUGAGUCAAAGGUUAAUCUUGAGUCAACGAAUGACUUGGAAGAAGCUGAGCUUGAACACGCUGUAAUAAAGGUCCAGACUGCUUUCAGAGCUCAUCAGGCACGUAGAGCAUUUCGAACCCUUAAAGGUAUCAUCAGGCUGCAGGCAGCUAUCCGUGGUCACCUGGUCAGAAGACAAGCCGUUGCUACGUAUUCAUGUAUAUGGGGAAUUGUGAAGUUCCAGGCGCUUGUUCGUGGCCAGAAAGCUAGAUCUUUAGAUAAGGGGAUUCAAUUUCAUAAAACACAUAUGGAACCAGGUGAUUCGGAAGCUUUGCAAUUGAGCACGUAUAGUUGGAUGAAUAAUCCCACAAAAUUCUUCAUCGUUGAUAAGCUUCUGGCUUCAUCACCAACUGCAUUGCCUCUGAACAUACAAUAUGGUCCUGAGGAUCCUAACUCAGCCAAGAUUUGGCUUGAACGCUGGCAACAAUUGCAAGUUUGGUCUCCUGGUUCACGAGCAGCUAGCAUUAUGGUUCCAAAAUCUAAGACAAAGAAGCGAAAUUAUGAAGCAGUUGUUGAAUCAGAAAAGGCAAAGCCAAUGCAAGGUAUCAAGAAACAAUCCGGACGUGGAAAUGGCUCUAACCGCUCUGCUGCUGAAAGGGAGAAACCUAAACGAAAUGUGAGAGAGGCUUCCAAUCUUAGUAAAGAUCCCCUGAGAACUGAGAGUGACAAAGCUAAGUACAGUUCAAGAAAAAGUAGAAGCGCCUCAAAGGAGGGAUCUCCGUUGGAGGUUAAAGAUGAGAAGCCUAGGCUUCGUCAGAAAAGGUCUUCUCUUUCAAACGGGCCAGAAAAAGCCACCCGUAAAUCUGCUGAGAAUAAGAGAGAUACUGCAGAUUCUGUGCAGAUAGAGCCUGAAGUGAAGGUUACAGAUGUCCUUGAAGGAGGAGACACUGUUGAGUCAGCUGAAAAGGACAAAAAUACUGCAGAUUGUGUGCAGAUAGAGCCUGAAGUGAAAGUUUCAGAUGUUCUUGAAGGAGGAGACGCUUUUGAGUCAGCUGAAAAGGAGAAACAUACUGCAGAGUCUUUGCAGAUAGAGCCUGAAGUGAAGGUUUCAGAUGUUCUUCAAGGAGGAUACGCUUGUGAGUCUCCUGAAAAGGAGAAAGACACCACAGAUGUAGUUCCUAAAGACUUUGAAGUCGAAAAAGAAGAGAAUUCACCGGAGGAAGAUGAACCCAGAACUGCAGAAACCAGUGAUAAAGGUGAAGAAGACCUCAAAUGCUCGGAUGUGAAGGUAAGCUCUGAGAACGGUGGUAUUGGUUCUGAAAACACAAAGCCAAAUGAAAGACGAGUGCCAGGGCCUGCAAAUAUUGACAAUCAAGAUGACGGGAUUACGCAUAGCGGGAGGAAAAUCCCCAGCUACAUGGCCCCGACCGCAUCUGCAAAGGCCAGACUUAAAGGGGAAAGUUCUCCGAGAUUUUCCCUAGAGAAAACUGAGAAAAAUGGGACAUCGCGGCGCCAUUCUCUUCCUUCUCCAGCCAAUGGUAAGCUGAGCACUACUUCUAUGUCUCCAAGGGCUCACAGGCUUCUCCUAGCCUCAGCCAAAGGAUCUGUGAACGGCGACAAAUCUUUGUCUUCUUCUAAGAACACAAGUGAUAAGUCAAACAGAACCGAAUGGAAACGGUGAAGGUUCAGGCAAAAGAGAGUGUAGUCUCAUCAUCUUACACAAUCGAGCUUAUUUAUAGUGUGUUUUUUUCUCUGCGUUUUGGUUUGGUUUGGUGAGUUUAGAGAGUGUUUGGUUAGAGUUCAUGUUCAUGUGUGGCUUUAAUUUUCUCUGACAUAUGUUUGACGACACAAAACGGUUUGAGUAAAUAGUUUUUCUCUGUAUAAUAUAUUUCUUUUCACUCA